GUAGGCUAUAUCUUAAUAAUUAGCUAGGCCUAUUUACAGUGCAACAUCUGCAUAUCAAUCGUGUUACAGUGCUUGUUGUAUCCUUAUAGUAUUGGAUACAGCACUGAUGUGCAUCCUGGUGAUAACAUAUGAAAUGCAAGCUAUUAAAAAAUAAAAUAAAAUAAAUUAAGCUUUGAUGUUGCCAAUAUAGACGAAAACAUUGUGGAUGAAUUUAGACAUUAAAGUUUUUACAUUGUAAUGUAGGUCAUCAUAUAUGUAGGCUAAUGUAGGUCAAAAACCCUUGCUAUGGAAGCAAAUAAGAGACAUAACUAUUUGAAAUUUAACAGCCACUGGAUACUUAGUUUUGAAAUAUUUUAUUUUGAAAAACAUUUAUCUGAAUUUAUUUGCUCUGAAUUCACCCCUUUGAAAUUAUUUUACUUUGGAAACCAUGUAUCUGAAUGUAUUUGUUUCGAAUUUACCUCUCAAAACCUGAAUUUCGAUGAAUAUUUUUCAAUGCUCACAAAUUCAGAUAAAAAAAAUAAAAAAAAUCAACUUACAGAAUUUCAGAUAAAAUAGAUUCAGGUUGAUCAAAUUUGAUUGCUCAAAUUCAGAUCUCAAAUUUCAAGUUAAUAUUUUUCAAAGAAAACAUCAGUCUAAUUCGACUGCUCAAAUUCAGAUCGAAAAAUUCAAGUUAAAUAUUCACAUGGUAACAUCCGGGCUACCCAGGAUAGGAAAAACAGUUGAGCGCCGAGCACGACGAUCAUGUGCGCAAGGUAUACAGUAGGUGGCGGUAAUACUCCUAAGCAGUGAACGGCUAUGAAACGGAAAGAAGAAGAAGAAGAAGAGCACGACGACCUGUCUGUCAUGAUCGAAGAAGUAAAGAUGACUUCCAGGGAAAACGAAGGUGCCCCGGGUACUAGUCAUGCUGAGCUGUUACGAUCAGCCAGGCACUUAAUGUCCUUAUUGACCGAAUCUGAAAGGGGAGGAGGUGCAGCCAGUAGUGAUGUUCCUUGCAGCAGUCAGGAUAUAAGGGAACCGAGGCAAAUAGGCCAAAAUGAGAGGUCUGGCAAUCAGCCACCAAGACCUUCUAUUCAGAUGGAAUUGACAAGAUCGUUUCCAGGUAUGUUCACUAAGGGAAAAGGGAAGAGGCCUUUUCCGCCAGUGAGUCUUGUUCCUGCUAAAAGGCCUAAACCAGUAGAAGUUGCUUUCCACCUUUUGCCAAAACAAUAUGAAAAAACCCCAAAAGAACAAGACCAACUAGUCCACUUGCAGGCAGGACUGGGCCGCAGGACUGUUUAUUUAGAUGAGAGCACAACACAUGAUGAGUUAUGUGAGACACUCAAAGGUGUCUUUCCUCAAUUGGAGGCUGUAACUGGAGGCUGGAUGAUUUACAAAGCAGCAGGAGGAUGGGGUUCCCAAAAGCUCUCCCUGGUGGCACCUGAUCAUACUGGAUACACAGGCAAGAUCGUAAAGGCUGCAAGCCAGGGGGGUAAAUCUCCUCUUUACAUGGCUCCAAUUCAAGACGAACUUAACACUACUCCUUUGCAACUAAGUAAUGAAGUAUUCAGUGACAUGCCCAAGGCAAUGUGCCAAAAGUGUGGAGCAGCCAUUCCACUGCAGCUCCUGAUGGAACACUUGAAGUCUUGCAACAUCAUUGAUGUUGACAAUGAUGAAGACAACCUGGACAAUGUGGAGGAGAACAGUGAGCAAGCACCAGUUCAGGAGCCCUGUCCUAUCUGCAUGGAAAUGUUUACCGCUGAAUUUAUUGAAGUACAUGCUGCUUCGUGUGGUGAAAGUGAAGGAAUGUAUGAGGUGUUGGAUAGGAGUACUGUUGAAGAGCAAGCAGCAAUGCCUGGACCGUCCAGUAGUGAAAAAGUUACAGAUGAGUGGCUCAUGGUACAAGACCCUACCAAGGCCAUGUCUCUGUUUCGGGAUUCUAUUCUUAGCCAUCAUCAAAGUAAGAAUCCCUUACUUCUCAGCAUGGAUAUUAGAAAGAGCCCUGCUGAACAAGACGCUGCGCUCAUCUGCUUCUAUAAGAAGCCAAAUGUGGAGUGGGCACGACCCUUGAAUUGCAGACUUGAAGGUGAUGCAGCCAUUGGACAGGGUGUGAGUCGCUUUUUCCUCUCAACUUGCAUGAACAAGCUAAAGUCUGGGUUUUGCUUCAACUUUGCAAACACUGCUGUUACACAUCUCUUUGAUGGACAGCCAGGCCAUUUAGUGCCCUCAGCCUCUCACUUUCUCGUGGAAAGUGACAUGUUCGUCAUGGCAGGCAGAAUGGUGGGGCACUCCUUUGUUCAUGGAGGACCAUGCCUGUCAGGGCUUAGCCCUGCUGUUGUGCAUGUCCUGUUUGGAGGAAGCCCGGAAACUGCAACAGUAACACCAGAGGACUGUCCAGACCUAGACAUCCGUGAAACAAUCAGGCUUCUUGAAGUGGAAUCUGAACUCUCAGACAAGGACAAAACAAGUGUCCAGGAGUUGGCCUACGCUUGGGAUCUCCCUGGCCUUACUGGAAAUAACCGAAGAUGGCUUUUUGAGAAGAUGUUGAUCCAUGCUGUAAUUGGACGUGUCACACGACAAAUCAAACAAUUCAGGCGUGGUCUUAAAGAGACACCAAUGUGGACAUUGCUGACCAAACGACCUGACACAGUGGCCCAGCUUUUUCCGCAGGAGAGAGCAGUGGAUUGUAACCCUGCGAUAAUCCUGCAGCACAUCACCUGGCCUCAUGAAGAUGACGACGACGACGACGAUUAUUCACUUGACACAAAAUGCCGCAUAUCAGGUUAUCUUCGCCACUUCAUUGAAAAUGCAUCACCUGAUGAAUUGACUGACCUGUUGAAAUUCUGGACAGGGUGGGAGAUUAUGCCAAGGAAUAACCUAUCCAUUGAGGUGGUUAAAGGCAGCGUCCCAACAGCCUCCACCUGUUUUGAGACCCUGCGAAUCCCAGGACAUUACAAGGACUAUGCAUCCUUUAAAAAUGACAUCCUGGCUUGUAUUGGCACUUGCCAAACAGGAUUUGGUCUUGUGUAGGGACAAAGUAGUGGUGAAUAACGUUACCGUUACUGAAUAAUGUUAAAUGUUUAAAUGAUUGCAUAUUAAUAUGCUAAAUUACGAAUACAAAGUUCAUUGUUUUUUGAUGGACAAUUAUAUUAAUUGGCAUGCAACCUGCUAGCAAUGUAGCAACUUCAAAGUUAAUGUCCUUUUAAAAAAAAGUUUUAAGGAAAGUUAAGUGUUAUUUUAGUUACGUACAAAUGCAUUUAAGCACAUAAAUAUUUGGAUGAAGUAUAUUUUGUUGCCGCUGCUUUUCUCAGAUUGCUUCAUCAGUAUUUGUC